GACCCGCCUUGUUUUUCUUGGCAAGAGGGUGUUGAAGGGGGGAAAGCUUGACCUUGCGGGGGAUGGUGGGACUUAAAACUUCCCAAUAGCUCUCUGGCAUUGUUGCCUUUCUUUUACAGGGCACAGUGAGCCUGGGGAAAGGGCUGUCCAUCCCAGGAAGUGUGUUGCUGCUGCUAUUAGCCGGCUUCCGUUCUGUCUAUUUAACCUGGCUCGGCUUUCUGCAGCAUUUUUUAAAAUUUUAUUUUAAAUUUAGGUAAUGUAUACUCUGUCUUUCUCGAGACGAAUUACAUAAUGCAAGUAUGGUCCAGCUCUGGCAUGGCAGACGACUUCCCUCAUUGCUGCAUGCUUGCCGGCGGUAUAGCAGCCGUUCAACCGGCCCCGCCACCGGCCUCCUGAAAGGACAGAUCCUUCCAUAUUUAUACAACCGCUUCUACGACUUGGAAGCCUUCAUUGAUUUUGGCAUGAAGCUGAAAAGUUGGAAGGUGGAAGCAAAGAACAAUCACUAUCUCAAAAUACAGAAAAAGUAUGGCAACGAGAUGGCAGCUGCUGCUUUUGCCCUGAUGCUCAAAGGAGGUGUCAGGUUCCAGGGGCAAACUGAAUGGUACCGAGAGCACAAUAUAAAGCGAUAUCGUGUGGACCUGGCACGUUACCUAAGAUUCCCCUUGGAAGCGAUCGACUUCAGCGAUUCGAUCAUCAACUAUGAUGGCCUGGGCUGCCUUGUUCACCUGAAAGCGCUGAAACAUCUCAAUCUCAGCCGAUGCCCCAACGUGGACGACUGGUGCCUGAGCCGGCUGCACGUCUUCGGGGACACGCUGGAAGAGCUGUCCCUUGCGGGCUGCCCCCGGAUCACCGAGAGGGGGCUGGGUUGCCUUCACCAUCUGGAAAGCCUCAGACGCCUGGACGUCUCCGACCUCCCCUCCGUCCCCUACAAGGGUCUGGUCCGGAUCUUGCUGGAGGAGAUGUUGCCCCAGUGUGAGGUCGUCGGGAUCCACUACGAUGAAGAACUCGCUCUGCCCACUGAGCCCAAUGCUCACCAAGGUCAAAUAGAGGAGCCGCAAGGAGCAGCCUACAUCCCGAAAACCCGAGAGAGCCCUGCAUGAGUGGGGCAGGUGGAGGGUCAAGAGAGGUUUUCCCUUCUCCCCCCUUCUCUCCUUGGAUCCCUCAUUGCACUCAGGCUGUUAAGAAGGAAGCAAAAAAUAAACAAAAAAUUGGGUAGUUCUGAACUACCCCCGGACUUCUGUAAGUUAGUAUUCCCAUCGGUUGCCCUUAUAUCCAGGCCCUGAGGGAUCUGCUCAAGUUCCACAGGGCCUGUAAAACAGAGCGCUUUUACCAGGCUUUCAGCUGAAGCUGUGGAUGUCAGUUGUUACCGGCCUCCCCCCCCUGCCUCAUUCCAUCCCAGUGCUAUAAGACCUCUUGCACCUGGACAAUAGGUCAUGUCUGUGAGGCAGAACCUGCCAUUCUAGUCUCUUAUCAAUACUCUGUAGUUUUAGAUUUUAUAUGUUUUAAAUUGAUCUUUUGUUGUUUUUGCUGUCGAUUGUUUUUAUGAUGUAACCCGCCCUGAGCUUGUCCUACGGGAAGGGUGGGCUAAAGAUCGAAUAAAAUAAAUAAAUAUCAUAAA